GCAAAUGCAACUCACACAAACAUGACCACAGUCUGUGGCAGCUAAAGCCAGAGUGUGCCAGACUGCUCGCAGUCUGGCUUCAGCUGCCAGAGACUGUGGCCAUGUUUGUGUGAGUUGCAUUUGCAUGAAUAUGUGUAGGUUGUCUAUUUUUGACAAAGGUCUUAUUGGCCGAAAGCCCACUUUCCGGCAGUCUUUUUGUUGUGUCUGUCUGUGAUUCAGCAUCUACGCUAUGUGUUUCAGGAACAUUAAUAUCAGCCACACUGGAAACGUUCAUGACGCAACAGUACUGAAGGAUUCAGGACUCUACAAAAUGGCAAGCAGGCUGAUGCCAGAGAGCUCACGAGCGGCACAACAUGGCAACGGCACAACCUUCGCCGCUGACCCGGCCACCACCACGUCUUACACGACAGCCGUCGAUAGCAAGAAGAGCCCGCCGUUCAGUGUUACAGAUCUAUGACUGAGCCUGCAGCCGAGCUUUCGUCCUACUCCUCUCUGCUAGGAAGAUGUUGAUGCAGGCACUGUUUGUGGCUGUGCUGGCAUCAUUCUGCAAUGCACAGUUUCAACCACAACCAGCAGGUCGUAUCUUAGAGCCACCUGUUCCAACUCUCUGUGCACAGAGGAAGAUUCAUGAACACUUCAAUGGCAAGGGCUAUUUCUUCUCAUGGAAAGACUCACAAACACAAACUCCUGAAGACUGGCUUGGUGGUCGUAACUGGUGUCGCAUGCGUUGUAUGGACCUUGUCAGUUUAGAAACUACAGCUGAGAACGAGUUCAUUAAGAAGCGAAUUGUUGAAGGAAACCAACGUUACAUAUGGACAAGUGGGCGUCUCUGUGACUUUAAGGGUUGUGACCGCCCAGAUCUGCAGCCCCUCCAUAUUAAUGGUUGGUUCUGGACUGCUGAACUGACUCGUCUUCCACCCACAACUGACAGACAUCAAAAUGAUUGGAGUCAUACUGGAGGACUCAACAGGCCCCAGCCUGAUAACAGAGAACCUCAGCAAGGAGGAGCUCCAGAGAACUGCCUUGCUGUGUUGAACAAUUUCUACAAUGAUGGCGUUCACUGGCAUGAUGUUGCUUGCCACCACCGCAAACCAUUUGUCUGUGAAGACAAUGAUGCUCUUUUGAAAUAUGUGCGAUACACCAAUCCCCAUCUGAAAGUAUAAAACACUGUAAGUGCUGAUAGGAACAAUAAAAUUUUUAUAACAAGCCUCAUUCUAUAUGCAUGAAAGUCA